UGACGUCAUCUGAAGCCACCGGAAGUCUGAGUGAUUAGCCCCGCCUCCCGCCCCGCAGUUAAGUCAAUCCGACCUGAAGAGAAGGCGUCGAGUCCACGGCUAAAAAUACAAUAGCUAACACAAGAUGGCCGGUUUGCCUCGUAGGAUUAUAAAGGAGACGCAGCGGUUGAUGGCAGAGCCGGUUCCCGGGAUCACGGCCACGCCAGAUGAAGGGAACGCACGCUACUUCCAUGUGAUCAUCGCUGGGCCUCAAGACUCUCCUUUUGAAGGAGGCACAUUUAAACUUGAACUAUUUCUUCCAGAAGAGUAUCCCAUGGCAGCUCCCAAAGUGCGAUUCAUGACCAAAAUCUACCACCCCAAUGUUGACAAACUGGGAAGAAUAUGUUUAGACAUUUUGAAAGAUAAGUGGUCUCCAGCCCUGCAGAUCCGCACAGUGUUGCUAUCUAUCCAGGCGUUAUUAAGUGCUCCCAAUCCAGAUGACCCCCUGGCAAACGAUGUUGCAGAGCAGUGGAAGAAAAACGAAAGCAAUGCCAUUGAGACAGCCCGAUCAUGGACCAGGCUCUACGCAGGCAACACUGAAGUAUAGAAGAAGAGAGACGAGGCGUCUGAAUGUGAUCCACAAAAUGUACUCCUAUUCUGUCAACAACAUUCAAAUUUAAACAGCAGGAAAAAAAAGAUAUUAAGUCCAAAUGUAUUUGAACGAAACGACGAGAUUUACUGCUGCAGACCUCUGGGUGACUUAUUUCCUCUCUAAGGCUCGUUAAGUGUGUGUUAGCCUUCCCCCCCCCUGUGUUGCUAUUUAAAUGCAUGGACAGAGAACGACGCCCUCCCCACUACAGUCUUAAAAAUAACUUGCGAUUUGCUGUCCUGGACAAGGCACAUACUGGUACGUUUGCAAACUAUACAUGCAUUAAAGCUGUUCUUCUUUUAACACAUGCAUUAUUUGUCCACACAUCUGUAUGUCUUUUGUGAGAGAUGACAUGUUGUGUUGUUUCUACGCUUAGUGUGCGAUGUCUCUUCACUAGCAGACGGGAAAGCUGAACACGAAUGAUGAAUUUUUGUCUUUACUCUUUUUGGGAAAAUAGCCAAUGAGAAGGUUAGUUUGAUUUCCACUCCUGUGCACACCAACACGUCACAACACUAGAUAUGUAGCUUCUGUAGCUUAGCAUCUACUCACUUUCGACCGAGCACAGAGGUAGAACUGAAUAUUUGUAUCGCACAGUAUCUUAUUUCUAAAAUUGGACAAAUACAUUUCAAGGUUUCCACCCAGGAAGUACCGCCUCCUUCACAUGCAGUGCCAAUCGGCUAUCCACAGACAACCCAAGGAGGUUCACUCCAGCAUUUGAAAUUUAAAUUAGCAGACGGUUGCUGUAUACCUGCCAAAUGUACAGGUAGAGGAUCCUCUGUACUUAACGGCUAACAUUUAAAAACAUGUCGUCCAUGCUCGGUGUCAGAGUAACCCCAGCAGAUGUCAUUUUGUAUAUCUUUUCAUUAUUAACAUCGGUUGAUGGAAGUGAUUAGAUGGCCAAUUAUAACGAGGAAUUUUUAUGAUUAUCAAAAAAUCUGAUCAUGUUCAAAAUUAGAUCAAGGAGUCUUGUGACGUUUGGGGAGGGUGAGCAGAUUAUUUCCACAUGCUUAAAGAAAGCCAUUCCCAACACAUUCAGACAAGUAGAAAAUAGUUUGUUAAAGGGUCCCUAUGUUAGCAUGUUAGCAGCAGACUACGAGGAUGUGUUGUAAAUGUCUUUUUUUUCUUUUUUAACUGUGUCCAUGCUAUCUAUGUUGCCUCUUCUCCAUUUUAUUUUCAAUGUUCCUUCAUUAAAAAGGCAAGUACCAUAACCCAACAUCCGGACGGUUGGUGGUAAAGUUCUUGUCAGUGUUUUAUAGAGGGCUGAGGAACGGGUUUUUUUUUUUUUUUUGAAGGCUUUGUCGUCGGGUAAAAAGUUGUCAAUCACCGUGAUUUCUUCUGAGUUUGUCUCCCCUGCUUCUGCUCUUCCCAUGAUUCUGAUCUGUGAUGAUUUUGCAAGUGCAUUGAAUUGAUUGGGUCAUUGUGGUGGCAAAAUAAAAAUAAUUCAAGAUCAAA